AUGUGUAAUGGUGAGUUCUUACAGAAAGAUCCUAAUGAGGCCAUAGAAUACCUCAAUGAGCUUGCUGAAAAAGCUCACAUUUGGACUAGACCUAGUGCUACCGAGAGCACAAAUACAUCACGACCUACAGGAAACCCAAAUGGUGGUAGAAUUUACCAUUUCAGGGAAGAGGAUAACCUAAAGGCUAAGGUUAUUCAAGAAAACAAGGAGAUAAAGAGCCAUGUAUCCAAGUUGAUGAGCUCUUUGAGUGUGAAUGAGCGUGGUAGAUCUUUCCUUGCUACGGCUAAUGCACUUAUAAACUACAGGAAUGGGCUAAAGAAACUAUCUUUUGCAAACAUGACCAUGGAUGUCAACAUAUUCCACAUCAGUAAGCAGCCCAGGGAGGAUGAUGAGUGUCAACAAACAUACAUGAUCAACGCACUCAUAGACAAGGAAGUUCACACAACUCAUGAUUUUGAUCCCCUUGAAUAUUUCCUUGUUAAUUAUGAGUUUGAUACUAUUAGUGAUUCAUCUGAUGAUGAUAUUUGUGCUAUUUGUUAUGAAACUCAAGAUUAG